GUUGAUUGGUUAAUAGUGCUGUCGGUCCCCAAUGUUCCAAGCCCUUAUUGGUGAAAGCUGCCGUCGCUCGGGCGGUGGCGGCCUCCGGGAUUGGCGGGUGCUUGGCGGGCGGUGUCAGGCUCUCGGUGGCGGCGGAGGCGGCGGAGGCCAGGGAGGAAGAUGUCGUAAUGAGCGAUCCACAGACCAGCAUGGCUGCCACUGCUGCCGUCAGUCCCAGUGACUACCUGCAGCCUGCUGCCUCCACCACACAGGACUCCCAGCCAUCUCCCUUAGCCCUGCUUGCUGCAACAUGUAGCAAAAUUGGCCCUCCAGCCGUUGAAGCUGCUGUGACACCUCCUGCUCCCCCCACAGCCCCACACCGCGAAACUUGUCCCUAUCAAACCUGCCCCUCUCCUCUCAGCCCCGGCAAGAAUAGCUUUGGAAUCUUGUCCUCCAAAGGAAAUAUACUUCAGAUUCAGGCACAACUGAGCGCCUCCUAUCCUGGAGGGCAGCUGGUGUUUGCUAUCCAGAAUCCCACCAUGAUCAACAAAGGGACCCGAUCAAAUGCCAAUAUCCAGUACCAGGCAGUCCCUCAGAUUCAGGCAAGCAGUUCCCAAACCAUCCAAGUACAGCCCAAUCACAACCAGAUCCAGAUCAUCCCUGGCACCAACCAAGCCAUCAUCACCCCACCAUCCAGUCACAAGCCUGUCCCCAUCAAGCCAGCCCCAUCCAGAAGUCAAGUACGACCCACCACCCCCGUGCAGAGCGGGGCCAAUGUGGUGAAGUUGACAGGUGGGGGCGGCAAUGUGCGCUCACUCUGCCUGGUCAACAACCUCGUGAACGCCAGUGACACCGGGGCCCCCACUUCAGCCUCACUGAAGCCCCAACGCCCACUGUCUAAGACCAACAAGAAAGCAAGGAAGAAGAGCCUUCCUGCCUCCCAGCCCCCUGUGGCUGUGGCUGAGCAGGUGGAGACGGUGCUGAUCGAGACCACCGCGGACAACAUCAUCCAAGCAGGAAAUAACCUCUCAUUUUCAGAGCCCUGGGGGGGCCAGCCAGCUGUGGUCCAGCAGGUCAGGUGGUGCCCCCCAAGGCCGAGCAGCAGCAGGUGGUGCCAGAUCCCCCAGCAGGCUCUGCGGGUGGUGCAGGCGGCAUCUGCCACCCUCCCCACUGUCCCCCAGAAGCCCUCCCAGAACUUUCAGAUCCAGGCAGCUGAGCCGACACCUACUCAGGUCUACAUCCGCACGCCUUCCGGUGAGGUGCAGACAGUCCUUGUCCAGGACAGCCCCCCAGCAACAGCUGCAGCCACCUCUAACACCACCUGUAGCAGCCCUGCAUCCCGUGCUCCCCAUCUGAGUGGGACCAGCAAAAAGCACUCAGCUGCAAUUCUCCGAAAAGAGCGUCCCCUGCCAAAGAUUGCCCCCGCCGGGAGCAUCAUCAGCCUGAAUGCAGCCCAGUUGGCGGCAGCUGCCCAGGCAAUGCAGACCAUCAACAUCAAUGGUGUCCAGGUCCAGGGCGUGCCUGUCACUAUCACCAACACAGGCGGGCAGCAGCAGCUGACAGUGCAGAAUGUUUCUGGGAACAACCUGACCAUCAGUGGGCUGAGCCCCACCCAGAUCCAGCUGCAAAUGGAACAAGCCCUGGCCGGAGAGACCCAGCCUGGGGAGAAGCGGCGCCGCAUGGCCUGCACAUGUCCCAACUGCAAGGAUGGGGAGAAGAGGUCUGGAGAGCAGGGCAAGAAGAAGCACGUGUGCCACAUCCCCGACUGUGGCAAGACGUUCCGUAAGACGUCCUUGCUGCGUGCCCACGUGCGCCUGCACACUGGCGAGCGGCCCUUUGUCUGCAACUGGUUCUUCUGUGGGAAGAGGUUCACACGGAGUGACGAGCUCCAGCGGCACGCUCGCACCCACACAGGGGACAAACGCUUCGAGUGCGCCCAGUGUCAGAAGCGCUUCAUGAGGAGUGACCACCUCACCAAGCAUUACAAGACCCACCUGGUCACGAAGAACUUGUAAGGCCAACUGCGGCGGGAGGCCCUGAAGAUGCAAUCCCCCGCCUGUGUCCUCCCUGGGCCCCUGGUGGAAAGGAGCCCUGUGGCUGCCUUGGGCCUGCCCUCAGCCCCACUCCUGUUCUGCAACUGUCCCCACAGGAAGGGGCUCUGCUCCCUGUCCUCCUUCUGAAGCCCCUUGGCUCCGCCUUGGCCCUUCCCCUCACCACGAGCUCCCGGCCUGCCCAGACUGUGGACACUGGCCGUGCCCAAUGAGACGUUCUAAACCAGGACGCGUGGGAACCCUUAUUUCCAAAGGAAAAACAUGCAUUUCACUCCGUCGAGGAGCAAAGUGAGCCCCCACCCCCCACCCCAAUCCCCGCUCCCAACACUGCCGGAGUCGCAUCGUGCCAUGCCCACUCUCCUGCACCUCCCUGGCCCUGCCGGCCACUGUGGACGCCCUGGGGCUUGGCACCCACCUCUGGAGAGACUCGGGGCCACCUCCACUCCAUGUGCCCAGCCCCGCCACAACCUCUCCUCCACAUUCCAGCUCUGUUUAAAAAGUAAAGACACCCACUGACUCCUCCUGAUCCCCCUCUUUUUCUAUGGAGAACGUUGCCUUAUACUCUCUACUUCAGAUGAUGAACACUGUGUACUGUGUGUGCUUUAAAGAAGUUUUAUUUAAUUGCUCCCUUCUUCCUUUCCUUGUUAUUCACCUCCCCAAUGCCUGCUUUCAGUUGAGGGUUGGGGGCAAUGAUGAGCAUAUGAAUUUUUUUCUCACUCUAGCAAUUCCCUUUUCUAAAUGACACAGCAUUUAAACUCAAAUCUGGAUUCAGAUAACAGCACCUGCCCAUCCUGCACCUCUUCCCUCUCCCUUCACCUCACCCCUGCCCGGCCCAAGCUCUACUUGUGUACAGUGUAUAUUGUAUAAUAGACAAUUGUGUCUACUACAUGUUUAAAAACAUAUUGCUUGUUAUUUUUGAGGCUUUUAAAUUAAACAAAAAUCCAACUUUA